GUUUUCUCCAGAUUUGAUAUAGCAGGUGAAUGCUUUGGUGACAUUCAUUUUACUGUGCAUUCCCCUCCAAAUGUUAUCAUCGGGUCAUCUCCUCACAAUUCCAAUCCAUUUCCGAGUUCGGCAAGACCGUCGCAUCUAAAGAGACGAGACAAGACAAAGACAAACGGGCCCAUCUCCCCCUUCCCUUGCACCCGCUGCCAGAAAAAAACACCAAAACACCCCUGGCCCUGGUCUUGUCCCGCUACAAAGUCGCCCGACUCUGCCGCUUACAGUGAGAUAGUGACCCAGUUUUUCCCCGGCUGCAGGCUGUUGCUCACUGCUGUGACUUGCUCCCACCCACUCUUUUUUCUCUCUCUUCCUCUCUUCCCAGCCAUCUCAUCAACAUCGAUUAUCGAUCAGCAAGUGAAAUCGAUCCUUCUUUCGACCAACUACCGAAUCCUACUGGGCCGUCUGAUCUCACUGUUCUCUUUCAGACCCUAAAAGAAAGGAAAAAGACAAAGAAGAGAGGCUGGGCUUGGCUACAGUCAGACUUUGUUUAUUCCCCUCUACUCAAAGUGGUUUGGUGACGACACGACUCUUUCAAUAGCGUAUUGCACAAACGCAAGCCAGCCUUGGCUAAAGACACAGCAUUUCCAGGUCGCUUCUACGCUGUACAUACCUACCUCUCCAGACCUUGUCUUGUCCUGUCUUGUCUUGCCUCCCUCACAUACACACACACACACACACAUACAAAGGACACUUCCCGCCCCCCGGUUCCACUGAACACAACCUUAAUCCUCGUCUCUCGUUACUGUCUGUGUCUGUAUCGUAUCUUUUAUCCUCACGAUCCCGUCGCUCGUUUUCUCCCUUCGACACCGAUCUCGACCUCAAAUCACGACUUGGACUAUCGAUCUCUCCGAACUGGGCUUAACUGACCUUCAAUUUUCGUCAAAAUGGCCCAACAAGGAGGUGAAGCCCCCGUCACCACCAUCGUUCCCUUCAACAACCAGAAGGUCCUUCCCGCUUGCGCCGCCGCUUGCGGUCCCCUCUACGAUGCCAACGGUGCCUGUGUCCCUCCUCAAGUAGCCGCUGAUGCCGGCCCAACCGCCUACACGCAAUGUUUCUGUCUCGACCAACGAGUCGCCGCUUUCUCGACCGCCACUACGGGCGUCUGCGAUGAUGCAUGUACCGCGGAUCCCAAGGGCCUUUCAUCAAUCGCUGGCUGGUUCCGAAGCAUGUGUAGCGUUUCGACUGCUCAAAAUGGAGGAACAACAAAGAAAACUGGAACUGGCUCUACGACUUUGACAGGUGACGAUGCUUCAUCAACAGCUGGUAGCAGAGCUGGAUCUAACAAUGGAGGUGGUGAUUGGAUCUCCAACCAUUGGCAAUGGGUUAUCAUGAUUGUUGUUCUCGUUGUCGGCAUCGCAGCCAUUUGGAUCGGCGCCUGUAUCUGGCGUCGCCGUUAUUUGCGAAAGAAGGACCGCCAGACUCAUCUCGGCCAGAAGCACUCCGGCUCCGCAUCUCGACCAUCCUGGGGUCCCGGCAUGGAGGCCUCAGAGUCCGGAGGUCUUCCCUACGACGAUGAAUCGAACCGAAACUCGCACGGCCUGAUGCUGCCGGGUGCCGCCGCCGGUGCUCCCGUCGAGGAGAAGCCCAAGGAGAAGAAGCGAUGGAUCGUCCGCGACCGAACAUGAUGCCCGCUCCAUGCUCGAUCUUGUUAACGCCAGUUCCGAUCUCAUAACGAUUCUCCUUGUCAUGUCCGAGUUCAAAAGCACUUCGACAUUCUGUUCGCCUUACGAUAUAAACCGUGCAUUUAUUCAUUUAAACGGCCUUACUCUAUUCGAUAUUAUCGAAAACAUAUGACUUUUAGUUGGUGAGGGGGGCUACAUCAGCACUUAAAGAGGAGGAAACGAAUGCAUUUGGUAAUAGCCACAGUUACAUGCAGACACUUGAUUAUUCAAGCAUGGUUGAAAGAUGCCGUCUGCAGUAUCUCUUGUGGCCCAAUACUCACGCGUUUGUCGGUUGCCAGUCGUGCUGUGCCCCCCGUGGCGUUCUUGUUCAUAUUUCAGGUAUAUUCUGGCGUUGGGAGGACAAGGAGGGUUGGCGUAUCCUCCUGAUUGGUUGUUUCUGUUUUCGUUUUUGUGGUGGCUGUUACCACGGAGCGAGUCUCGCCUCCAUUCCCAGCAUGUGGGUGGAAUGUGACGUUGGCUCUGCCGCGAGGCGAGGGGGGGAAAAAACGAAGCUGUUUAUUUGUUCUACUUAGACCAGAACAGAAAUACUCUCUGGUUAGUUAUUUGGUCAUCUUUAUUACCUACAGCUUCCUGGGCAUGGGAAGAGGUUUGGAGUCUAUCCUUGAUACAGCAUUUACAAUUUCACCACCCGCGAAAUCUUCGACUCGCGAUUACCAGUUCUUCUUAGUGCGAUACAUUGUGAUCCGUAAACUUUGUGUAAUGUUGCUCUACUCAUAACAGUAACGUCUUCCGAGCAACGUCUCAAUGUCAACAAAUCGGAGAAUCUAAUCUGCACAA